AUGAAAUCACCCCCUUUUGUCUUUUUUCUAUCAUUCUCAUUUUCUUUUGUUUCUGUCUAUCUAUCUAUCUAUCUAUCUAUCUCUUCUUUGUGUUUCAUAUUUUCAUUCUUACUUCAUUUGUUCUACAUUUUUCUUGGGGUUCCAACUGUAUUUUUCUUUCACAUCAUUUAUUUCAUCUUCCCCACUUCCAUCAUCUUCCUCAUUAAUUUUCUCAUUAUCGACUUUCUUCUCGGCAUGUCAUCUAUCUUCCUUCCGUUCUUCAUUCAUUCAUUUCGUCCUUUCUUCUUUCAUUUAUUUAUUCAGAUUCACCUAUCGUAUUUCCCUAUAAUUUUCUUCUACUUCCUUCCUUCUAAUUCAGUUUUCUUCAACCCUGUCCAACGUCUUCUUUCAUUCUUUCUUUUCUUUAUUUCAAUUUCUUCUCUCGUCUUUCCCUUUUUCUCCACUACAUUCCUUACUUCCGUCAUCGUCAUCAAUUGCCUCCCGUCCACAGAUUUUACUCUUCCCAAUUCUUGCGAAUAUCCUCUCUUUCAUUUUAAAACAUUUCCUUUCUUCUGUCACUUUCCUUAUUUUAUUUGA